UUUUCACCCGGCGGCGAUGAGAUAACGGUCCCAGUUUGCCUGAGGGGGAGAGCGAGUGACCUGGAGAGCGGCGCCUCGGGGCCGUCAGGAGGUCUGAGGUUGACCUGGGGUCGGUGGACCCCCUGAACAGCGCUGGAAGGAGGAGAGAGGACGUGGCCGUGGAGAACCAGUGGAGGAUGUUCUGCUACCAUUGCCCGCCUCUGCCGCCGCCUGGCUCAGCGCCAAGAAUUUCUCCGAUGGAGUUCCCCUACUCCGGAAACCACCCAUACUCGAGUUACUCAUACCACUCCGAGUCACAUGACGACAGUUAUGUGCGGCGAAAACAGCGCAGGAAUCGAACUACCUUCACUCUGCAGCAGCUGGAGGAGCUGGAGAAAGCGUUCGUCAUGACUCACUACCCGGAUGUCUUCACGCGGGAGGAUCUGGCCAUGCGAAUCAACCUCACAGAGGCUCGAGUUCAGGUCUGGUUUCAAAACCGGCGCGCCAAAUGGAGGAAGAGUGAGAGGUUUAAGGGCGACCCGGCGAGAGGAGAGGAGAAGGGAGAGGAGGGGAGAGAGGGACCCGACGGAGCACCGGCGCACGCGGACAAAAUGGAACAGGCGAGUGGGAGAGAAGGAAAGGGGAAAGGCGUAGCAGGCGAAUCGACCCGUCAAGUUGGAUGAUUUUUGCAUAAUUGAAAUUCCUCCAUUGUGUGCAUAGGAUUUUCCGUCUAAAUGUCAGGUUACAAUUGAUGUUGAGAUAUUUGUUCGCAUUUUUUUUUUAAACUUUGGUUUCAUGUCUUGCUUUGCUUUUUAGACGAAACUUUGUUUAUUGUGAUAAUCAACGUGAGGAUGAGUAUGAUUCUGGACAUUUAGGAUAACAAUUAUUGUUUAGUAGAAUGACGUGACAAAAACACCUCGGUCCUCGAUGUCACGCCCCGAUAAGUUCCCACAGCUCCAUCACCACCUUUUGUUGACAUUCAAAAAGCCCCUCACUAAAAAAAA